CCCUCAAUUUAAGAAAAUAACCAUGAAAGUCAUAAAAGGAAAGUGGAACACUCUAUUGAGUAAUUACGAGGUUCUGGAUAUUUUGCAAAAUACGAAGUGUUCUUACAAGAAGCAGAAAAUGAAUCAGCUCGCGACCAUCAGUUAUCAAACAAUUAAGUAUCUAGAGGACACACCGUGCAAGAAGCAGAAUCCAGAGAAAAUUCGACAGUUUCUGGAAGCAAUAGAACCUAUCAAAUUAAGUAAGGCCGAGAAGCUCACUCUUCUCAAUCUCUGUCCUACUACACCUCUCGAGAUUCAAUUGAUGGUAGAAGAGAGCGAGGACCGACUAACAGAGGAAGGGGUGGAAACUGUGCUUCAAAUCGUCGCGAAUGUGCGAGGAGAUGAGGAAGACACAGAACAAGAAACCUAAUCUUAGACCUUAAAAAAAUAACUUAUUGAAAUAUAUUUUGUGUAUGUACAUUUUAUUUAUAUAAUAAACAUGA